ACCCUUGUUGCAAGCCUGCAUGAAAAACGUCACCUUAGAAAUGGGUAAAAAGUUAUCGGGUACCCGACCCAUAAAAGCUAAAACACGCACCCAAAGGAAUCGAUAGCGGUGUCUUGUUCGCAAAGCUCUAAAACCCUAAAACCACUGAAAAGUGAAAACCCUCUUUUCAUAAACAAAACUUCUUUCUACAACCCUCUCACCACCGCAAAGAUGAAUUUCAACAACAUGAAAGUUCCAAAGGUUCCUGGUGGUGGUGGAAUCUCUGCUUUGCUUAAAGUUAGUAUUAUUGGUGGUCUUGCUGUAUAUGGAGCUACAAACACUUUGUACAAUGUUGACGGUGGUCACCGUGCUAUUGUCUUUAACCGUCUUGUUGGUGUCAAAGAUAAGGUCUAUCCUGAAGGAACACAUAUUAUGAUCCCGUGGUUUGAGAGGCCUGUGAUCUAUGAUGUUCGUGCACGACCUCAUUUAGUGGAGAGCACUUCAGGAAGCCGUGAUCUCCAAAUGGUGAAAAUUGGACUUAGAGUUCUUACUCGUCCUGUGCCAGACCAAUUACCAACAGUUUAUCGUACUCUGGGUGAGAAUUAUAAUGAAAGGGUCCUGCCUUCUAUCAUACACGAAACUCUCAAAGCUGUGGUUGCACAGUACAACGCCAGUCAGCUCAUUACUCAGAGAGAGGCUGUUAGUCGAGAGAUAAGGAAGAUAUUGACUGAAAGGGCUUCCCAAUUCAACAUUGCAUUGGAUGAUGUGUCAAUCACAAGUUUGACGUUUGGGAGGGAAUUCACAGCUGCAAUUGAAGCCAAGCAGGUUGCUGCUCAAGAAGCAGAGAGAGCGAAAUUUGUUGUAGAAAAAGCUGAACAGGACAAAAGAAGUGCUGUUAUUAGAGCAGUGGGAGAAGCCAAGAGUGCUCAAUUGAUUGGUCAAGCUAUUGCCAACAACCCUGCUUUUAUAACCUUGAGGAAAAUUGAAGCUGCUAGGGAAAUCGCUCAAACAAUUUCAAUUUCUGCCAACAAGGUUUACUUGAAUUCAAAUGAUCUCCUGUUGAAUCUUCAGGAUUUAAAUUUGGAGCCCAGUGGGAAGAAUUAGUUAUGUUGCUGAAUUCACUUAUUUAUUUCAGCCUAUCUAUUUUCUUGUAUUAUGAUUCAUUUUGAAUUGUAUUCUAUCAACUGUUCACAUGAGAUCCAGCUUUGCGAACUGGAAUUUUGGCAAACUGUUUGUCAUUAUCUUUUCAAUGGAACAUAUGAAAGAUAAGGGAGGUUGAAUAACAACUUAAUCCUUUAUCGAUUCAGUAUUUGUGUUCUUGAAUAGUUUCCAAUCUCUAUCUUUGUCUGUAUGACUGACAUCAA